AUGGGCGCGCCAAAUCCCUUCAUCACAAACGGGACAUGCUUUCGCGGCCCCGGCGAAGAGGUGAAGGAGUGGUUUCCCUGCGGCAACGCCGUCUUCGGGGACAAGACGUGCUGCCAGGGCGGCGAUAUGUGCCUGUCGAGCCGAGCCUGCUACAACGGCCGGUUCGGCAUCACGUAUCUCGCGGGCUGCAGCGACCCCGAGUAUCGCCAUCCGAGCUGCCCUGACAAAGGCACAUUCAAUGAUCAACCAUGGGCCGGCCUGGUCUACUGCAACGGCACUUCGGAACAAUGGGUUGCUUGCGAGCAAGCGGCACGACCGACGACACUCACAUCGGCAGACGCGUGCUGGUGUCCUCAGACAUCGCGCACCGUCGCAUUCACCGACUCUUCGAUACUCCAAAACGUCGUGCAGCUGCCGACAGCGGCGGGGGGCAGCGUCAUAUGGCAGCCCGGCUACGUCCCGGUCUUUACGCAGCCGGACGCGAUACCCACACAGACCGAUGCCCCGACGGACAUCUUGCAAACGACGACGGUGCCCACGGCCCUAUCGACGUCACUGCCGCAGCCGAGCGAGACGGGGACAUCGUCAGAAGGCGGAGGGGAGAGCUUAACGGCAGGCACAACGAUUGGGAUCGUACUCGGGGCCGCCGGCGGCAGCGUGUUCCUGAUCGGGGUGCUGAUAUACCUGUACUUCGCCCGGAGGAGGUACCGGGAGAAGAUGAUAUACGAGCGGGGACUCGCCGAGAUCCGCGGGACGGGCCCGGGCCACGAGGAAUCGAAGACGGACUCGCGCAAGUCAAGCGCGUAUCGGGGUCCGGCCGGCGAGAUGGAGCCGAACCUGACGCGGCCGAGGUCGGAGCUGGACAGCAACCCGGUCUCGAUGUAUGGCCAUGGCUAUGACUAUGGUCACAGCAGUAUUCAGGGGAACGGGUCGAGGCCGCCGGGUCCCAUUGCCGAGUUGCCGGGAUAG